CCACAACAACACUCUGUAUCACCACCACCGUUGCAACACCCAAUUCCAACUCACCCACCGAUUCAAAUGCGCGAUCCGCCGUCUUCACCUUCGCCACCAACACAACAACACUUGCAUAACACGAACAUAUGGCAUCUAAAUGACGCUACAACACAAAUGGGAGUGGAAUUUGGACGUACAGUGCUGACUGCUGGAUCCGAAUAUGUCGAGAAAAAUAUCAACCGAUAUGUCGACAUUCCCGCUCUUAAAUAUUAUUUCAAAGUAAAUAAUUCAUACGUGGCAAAUAAAAUAAAAUUGCUAUUAUUCCCGUGGAGACAUAAACGAUGGACUCGUAUUGUAAUACGAUCUGAACAAAAUGGUCAGUUGGAAGGAUUUAAACCACCCAGAGAUGAUAUCAAUUCACCAGAUUUAUAUAUACCAGCAAUGGCUCUUGUGACAUAUGUAUUACUCACAGGAAUAGUCUCGGGAACUCAAGGCAACAAAUUUCAUCCAGAGGUUUUAGGAGUUAAUGCAACUUCUGCGUUUCUCCUCAUGGUGCUAGAAUUGGCAUUUAUUAAGUUGGGAUGUUAUUUGUUGAACAUUACAUCGGAUACUAAUAUAUUAAAUUUACUGGCAUAUUCUGGAUAUAAAUUCGUUGGUGUCAUUGUCACUUUGGCCGUUUCUUUGAUAGCACCUUUUUGGGUUGUUGCUAGCACAUUCGUUUACACAGCUUUUGCUAACGGAUUUUUCUUGCUGCGAUCGCUUCGACAAGUCGUGUUUCCUGAUGCUAGUGCUACUGUCGAUCCCAAUCAAGAACAGUAUGAAAAUAAAAUUUUUGUUCCUGCCCAAUUAGAAUCAGCAUUGCAUAGGAAUGUUCUUGGAUCGGCUGCUUUUGAUCAGUUUGCUCGCGGAGUGGAAGUGCAUCAACAAACAUGCGUUAAACGGCCUGCUCACUUUCAGAAGAAUCGUGCUAUCGGACGAUGGCACAAAUAUUAA